AUGGCCCAGAACACCACUCUGCCCACGUCCUACAAUUCCUCCGUGCUUCAAAAGACUGCAGCCCCGCCGCUCUUCCCUCAAACUCCAUUUUUCUCCUCCUCCUCCUCCUCUUUCUUCCAUAAUACAUCUCCUCCACCAAACUCAAGCAAUUCGGUUGGAGAAGACAGCACCAUCCUUAGCAACAGCGGCGGGACUCUGGGCGGAGCACUCAUUUUAGGUUUGGUCUUCAUCCUGGGCGUUCCCGGGAACUUCUUCAUCAUCUGGAGCGUCCUGGCACGGGUCCGCCAACGCUCCAUCACCACCCUCCUCAUCCUCAACCUGGCCUUUGCAGAUGGCUCGCUGAUGGUGCUAACGCCUUUCUUUUUAGUCUACUUGGUGAAACGGAGUUGGGUUUUUGGUGUCGGUCUGUGCAAGCUUCUUUUUUACUUGUGCUGCGCCAACAUGUACGCCUCCAUCUUCCUCAUCAUGCUUAUGAGUUUGUACAGGCUGGUAGCUGUGGUUUGGCCGAGGCGAAUCGCCGCCCUUACAAAAUGGAGGAGCGUACUACGCGUAAUUGCGUGUAUGUGGACGCUGGUUCUGGUCGUUUCCGUGCCGGUACUGGUCUUCAGGGAUGUUAAGAGAUCUCCAGUGCAGAGCUUCGUUUGCAAUAGCUAUCACUCCCUGCCGGCAUACACGGCGUUACAAUACCUGCUAGAGACGUUCCUGGGGUUCCUGCUGCCUUACGGAGUGAUCGUGGGAAGUUACGUUUGCAUUCUACGCAGAAUUCGCCGGACCCGAUUCCGCCGCAAACUGCGCAGUGAGAAACUCAUUCUGGCCAUUGUCAUCACCUUUGGAUUGUUCUGGCUGCCCUAUCACAUCAUAAACUUGGUGCAGGUGGCAGCUGAAUUGAGCCCUGCAGGAUCUCCUCUUCAUGAGAAACUGGAGUCUAUAUGGAAGUCCUGUCGCGCUCUCACUUCCACCGUCGCUUUCGUCAGCAGCUGCGUCAACCCCGUGCUGUACACUUUUGCCGCCAAGUCGUACAUCCGCCGCGAGGGCCUGGCGUUCAUGGCGCGGCUCUUUGAAGGGGCGGGGCUGGACGUGAUGCGGAAAAGCAGGCAGAGCAGCCAGAACAGCCGCGAGAGGGACAAAGACAGGGACGGCGAGGGGGCGGAGCUUCAGGACAAAGAGUCGGAAUCUAUCAGCAGCACCAAUGCCACCGCCAAUCUCAAAAUUGUCCCUCUGAAAAAUGGCAAGUGA